CUGAGAUCCGCUACUUCCGGUCGCUGGCUGUCUGCGUGGAGAGACUCACUGGGGGGAUCAGCUUUGAGUUUUCGCUGCGAGAGUGAAUUCAGGUAAAAAUAGCACACGAUACUGGAGGACAAAAUUUAUUCUUUCCAGCAAUGAGCUCGAAAUUAGAUGCCUCUCCAAUGUAUCAAGGAACCACCAAGACAUAUAACCUACCCGUUGAACACUUGGAUUACAGCUACAUAGAGAAAUGCACUGAUGUGAAGUAUCUGGAAAAGAUUUUGAUAGUGUUAAGGUCAGGGGAGGAGGGAAUUUAUCCUGAUCUCAUAGAAUUUUGUGAAAAAAAAGUACAAGAGCUAGAUCCCAAAAGUCGAGCCCUACGUAAAAGCAACUUGCCAGCAACUGCUGCAAACUUCACCAGAGAAGAAUGGCAUGAAAUUACCAGGGAUUUUAAGAGUUGGACAGAUACAAUGAAGCAAAAUGAAAAUGAAGAAAUAUGCAGGAAAACAGUGGCUGGAGAUUUUAUUUCAGAAAACCAAGCUCCUGUUCGUGGGUUCAAUGCUUCACUUCAGGAUUCUGUUUUUGGCUACAGUUAA